AUGAGCUCAGCUCCUCACUCUGAAGGCCCUGAAGCUAAGCGACCGCGACACGAAGGCAUCGUUGACCUGGACGUGGGAGGCACUCCAUUUCGCACCACGAACAUGACGUUACAGAAAUCCCCGUUCUUUGCCAACCUUCUCGACUGCGAGGGCGAGGGGCCUGUGUUUGUGGACCGCUGCCCACAGCUCUUCGCCCAGGUGCUGCAGUAUUUGCGCAGUGGGCGCGGUCCGCGGUGCGCGACUCCCGCAGAGCGCGAUGCCCUCGCACAAGAGUUCGACUUCUUCGGGCUGGAUGAGUCGGAGGUCUCCUUGCCGGAGCAGGUGGUGCUUACAGAGCAGUACUCUUGGCGCAAACACAAGGAGACAAGGGUCAGCGCGAAGGUGAAGACUUACCAGAAAGAGGGAUAUCAGAUCACACAUCUGUCAUCCUUUGGAGGGACGGAAGAUGUCGUUGGCUGCACAUUCGUGCUGGAGAGGUGA